AUGGCGUUCUCAACCUGGGCGCUCGUCCACACCCUCCUCGUAGCAAUCGCAACGGGAACCGCCCUCCUCACCUUCGUCCUCGCCUGCGCCUACACCGCCAAGCUCCAGUCCACCUUUGAGUGGUACGACCCCGCCGGAGCCGAGCUCAUCGCCGCAUCCGUCAUCCUCCUCCUCUCCCUUCCCGUCCUCCACUUCCUCUUCCACCGCCGCAACUCGACGCACGUCCUCUCGUCGAUCCUCGUCGAGCUGGUCCUCGUCUUCGUCCUCUGGUGCCUCUUCGUCGGCGGCGCCGGCGCCCUCUCGAGCGGGUUCGGCUGGGUCUGGUGGGGCUGGACGAGCACCAUCUCGGGCACGGGCAAGGCGACUCAGGCGUUUGCGUGGUUGACUUGGGUCGACCUCACCCUCCUCCUCGCCUUCCUCCUCACCUUCGCCAUCUUUGGCCACCGCAACAAGGGCUCGCAGGCGUGGACUCAGCCGAUCGCUUACGACUCGACGACGAUGGGAGGAACCCGCCACGAUGCGAUGACGACCGAGGCCAAGAAUGCGCCCGUCGUCGGUGGAGGAGGAAACAUGGGAACCGCCGCCGCCGCGCCGACCCAGCAACCUGCGACGACCAUGGUCUAG